AUGUCCCCAAUAAUCCGACAAGUUGCAUCCCGCCGCACCUUUUCCAUCCUCACCCGAGCCCGCCAACUAGCACGUGGCUUCGAACCACACCCAUUCGAACGCUAUCCCCUUUCUCAACAGGCUGCUAAAGCUGAUUGGGGCAAAUUGGUUAAGAGGACUGCCGGAAAUGCUGUAUUAUAUUUCCCCGGUUUUGCACUUGUGCUCGGAUGGCCAUUGUUAGCUGAGAAGGCCCUGAGGAGAACUUGA